AUGGCUAACCAAACCAAUCAAUCAUUGAAAAGUAAUAAUCCUUCGUCAGUGCCACCACCACCACCAACGACCACUACUGCAGCAGCUGCCACAACCAUGACCAAAGAUUCCAUCCGCAUCCAUCGAUCGUCAUUGUACGAUCGAUCGCAUCCGGUUGCGUCAAGACCAGCAUCAUUGCCGACCGUCUCGGCGUACUCAACCCCAUUGCCGGGAACCGCCGUGAGUUCGCGACCUUCGCGAAGUGUCACACGCCCGGUGGGUGUGGGAUCAAACCCUUUCGCCUCCCAGACGGCGGGUAUGCGCGUGUUCAAGAAGUGCAAAAGCGCCACUUUUCAGAUCGAUGGACACACCUACACCAUAGUCGCUAGCUCGCCAGAGAAUAAGUUUACCAAAGAUGAUAUAACGCUCGCCGGUGCUGGCCCGGGGCGCGAACAGUUGCCCUGCUGCGAUCCGGCCACGUGUCCAGGCCCAGGUCCCACAACCAGCUACGGAGCUUGCGGAUCUACCGGACCAAUCGGAUCGGUACCGCCGGCCGGUAUCACACCGGGUACUACGGGCAGUGGCAUCAGUGGUGCCGCAUUGUCGCACAACCAGCAGCAGCAACAAUCAUCAUCAACUCAGCAGCAACAACAACAAUCCACUGGCAGCUGCUAUCCGUACCAUCAUCACUAUCAUCACCACCACCAUCACCAUCAUUGCCAUCAGCCAGUGCGAGCGGAUUGUCACUCACGGAACGGACAGAUAGCAAAACAGGGUAGCCUUACGAUCGUUCGGCGAACCAAUAGCAGAAAAAAUACAAACGUCCAGCAGCAGCUCCAGUAUCAGGAAGCCUUGGACGAGUCGGAGUACCAGCAACAGCCGCCAUACGGUAACGACUCUGGUGCCGAGGGUAGUGGUGGUGGCAGAGGAGGUGGCGGAGGUGGAGGGGGAGGUGGUGGGGGUGGCGGUUCGGAGGCCGAGUACGGUCAGCAGUAUCCGCCCCUGUCCGAGUCGGAACUCGCCUUCGUCAACAGUCAGCUAAGUCGGGAGCUCGAGAGCAUGCAACCGACGUCCGGGACCGUUAGUGUCGUCGCGAACCGUACCGAAUCGACGACCGGGGAUGAGCUGGACAAUGUGGACCUAGCGACGGACAACCUGCCGGCUGUCGAUACACCAGAUGCAUGUGAUAAGGCCGCAGUCAGACUACGAUGUCUGCUGCGGCAACUGCAGCGCGGCGAAAUUUCCGCCGAGCUGCUGCAGAAAAACCUUCAUUACGCCGCGCGCGUACUUGAAGCCGUUUUUAUCGACGAGACAAAUCAGGAUGGUGGUACCGGAGGAGGCAGCGGUGGUGGCGGUGGCCCGGGUGCUAACAACGCUGGUGGCGGUAGUGGAGGAGGUACUAGUUGUAGUGGUGGCACAGACGGCACCGGCAGUACGGCACCGAAUGUCAACGCGAGCAGCAAGGAGCCGCACCGGGGGUCUACGACGUCCGCUCCACCAACGCACGGUGGUCCCACGGGGCCACCGGUCAACAAAGGUGUCAUACAGAGGCGUCGCUUACGGGCUCCAGUGUGGGCUCGGUCCAUGCGCCUGGCGGAUGAAGACGAUGAACUGUCGGAGGUGCAGCCGGACGCGGUACCACCGGAGGUGCGGGAAUGGUUGGCGUCCACCUUCACUCGGCAGCUCGCAACGACGCGGAAGAAGUCGGAUGAGAAGCCCAAGUUCCGCUCGGUUGCGCACGCCAUCCGGGCCGGCAUCUUUGUCGAUCGGAUCUACCGGCGCGUUUCCAGCACCGCACUGAUGCAAUUUCCGCCCGAAGUCGUACGCGUGCUAAAGACUCUUGACGAUUGGUCAUUCGAUGUAUUUGCGUUGGCUGAGGCGGGUAACUGUCAGCCGGUCAAGUAUCUUGGUUACGAUCUGCUGAACCGGUACGGCAUGAUACACAAGUUCAAGGUACCGCCGGCCACACUCGAAACCUUCCUGACGCGCAUCGAGGAAGGCUACUGCCGGUUCCGCAACCCGUACCACAACAACCUGCAUGCAGCCGAUGUCGCACAAACCGUACACCACGUGCUCUGCCAGACCGGCCUGAUGCACUGGCUAACGGAUCUGGAAAUAUUCGCCACGCUGCUGGCAGCGCUUAUCCACGACUACGAGCACACGGGGACAACCAACAACUUCCACGUAAUGUCCGGCUCGGACACGGCCAUGCUGUACAAUGAUCGGGCCGUGCUGGAAAACCACCACAUCAGUGCGGCGUUCCGCGUGCUCAAGGAGGACGACUGCAACGUGCUGCAGAACCUGUCGCGGGACGAGUACCGCGAGCUCCGCACGCUCAUCAUCGAUAUGGUCCUAGCGACCGACAUGUCCUUCCACUUUCAGCAGUUGAAGAACAUGCGCAACCUGCUGACGCUGGCCGAACCGCAGGUGGACAAAUCGAAGGCCCUCUCGCUGGUGCUGCACUGUUGUGAUAUUUCGCACCCGGCCAAACGCUGGGACAUCCAUCACAAGUGGACGAUGCUGCUGCUGGAGGAGUUCUUCCGCCAGGGCGAUCUCGAGCGGGAGCUCGGCCUACCGUUCAGCCCGCUCUGCGACAGAAACAACACGCUCGUGGCCGAAUCGCAGAUCGGUUUUAUCGAAUUUAUCGUCGAACCGAGCAUGACCGUCUGUGCGGAUAUGCUCGAAAUCGUACUCGCACCGAUCGCUCCGAUCACCUGUAACGCAUCGAGCAGUGCCGGUGCGACGGCACCGGGCAGCAGUAGUAGUGGCGGUGGUGCGGCCAACAAUACGUCUAGUAGUAAUAGUAGCAACAACAAUAAUAAUAAUAACAACAACAAUAAUAUUAAUAGUAAUACCAACGUCAACAAUAAUAGUAGCAUUAAAAGUACUACCAAUACUCUUAGCGUACCGAACAACAAUACGAACAACAAUGAAGCAAUAAGUAGUGGAGCGGAGGGCAAGGGUGGUGGUGCCGAGGGUGGGCAGGGUGCCGGUAGCGCGGGCACCACCGCGACGAAGAACGGCAGUGCCGAUCCGAGCGAGAAGCCGAACCGCUUCAAAAUACGCAAACCCUGGACGACCUGUCUGGCGGAGAAUAAGAAAAUCUGGAAGGAACAAGCAGUCCGUGAUGCGGAAGCAAGGGCUGCAGCAGCAGCGGCAGAAGCGACCGCAGCAGCAGCAGCCGCAGCAGAAACUAACGAAUCUUCCGACGGACAAAUCACGGCUGAUGGUGGUGCCGAAGAGCCAAAGCCAGAUGAGGCGGACACAACCUAA